CUUGCUCUUCAUCUCCAUGUCUUCAUGAUGGAACAUGCAUUCUAGACAAAAGUGGGACGUACAAAUGUGCCUGUCUGGCUGGCUACACAGGGAAUCGCUGUGAAAACUUGGUGAUGUGUAGGACUCCAGGUGCUCCCGCUCAUGGUAUUGUGGAAGGAGAUGACUUUAAAUACGGGGCCCAGGUUUACUUCAAGUGCAACGCAGGUUACAGCUUAAAAGGCAGCCAUGUUGCCUACUGUCAGCUUGAUGGGAUUUGGUCAACACAUCAUCCUGAAUGUGUUCUAGGUGAAAAAAACUGCUCAGACCCUGGUGGCCCACUCAAUGGCUACAGAAGAGUAGUAGAAGACACUGGGCUUUUGAACGGACGCUACGCAAGAAUUGGCACAGUCAUUGCUUUCUUUUGUAACAACUCCUAUGUUCUUAGUGGGAAUGAACAGAGGACUUGCCAAGAGGAUGGAGAAUGGUCAGGGAAGCAGCCAAUCUGCAUAAAAGCCUGCAGAGAGCCAAAGAUCUCUGACCUGGUGAGACAGAAAGUGCUUCCAAUGCAGGUUCAGUCAAGGGAAACACCUUUGCAUCAACUUUACUCAUCUGCAUUCAGCAAGCAAAAGCUUGAAAUCUACCCAACCAAGAAGCCAGCACUGCCCUUUGGAGACCUGCCCCCGGGGUACCAGCACCUGCACACUCAGCUUCAGUACGAGUGCAUUUCUCCCUUCUACCGCCGCCUGGGGAGCAGCAGGAGGACUUGUCUGAAGACAGGAAAAUGGAGUGGGAGAGCCCCUGUGUGUACUCCAAUCUGUGGAAAAGCAGAAAACAUCACCCUUCAGAAGACAGUGACUUCUACCAGGUGGCCCUGGCAAGCAGCAAUCUAUCGGACAGCCAAUGGGGUGAAGGAGAACAGUCUCCGGAAAGGGACUUGGAUCCUUAUCUGUAGCGGGGCCUUGGUGAACGAGCGCACCGUGGUGGUGGCAGCUCACUGCGUCACUGAUCUGGGCAAGACCAUCGUGCUCAAGACAGCAGAGCUGAAGGUGGUUCUGGGGAAAUUCUACAGAGAUGAUGACAGGGAUGAAAAGACCAUCCAGAACCUACGGAUUUCUGCCAUCAUAGUGCAUCCCAAUUAUGACCCUAUAUUACUUGAUUCUGACAUAGCUAUCAUAAAACUCUUGGACAAAGCCAGAAUCAGCAGUCGUGUUCAACCCAUUUGCUUGUCAUCUUCUCAUGACUUGACUUCAUCCACAGAAGAUUUAAAAAUAAUGGUUACUGGCUGGAAGGUAUUGGCUGACAUCAAUGAUCCCGGAUACAAGAAUGACACGAUCCGCAUGGGAGCUGUUCGGAUGGUGGAUUCACUGUUGUGCGAGCAACAGUAUGAGGAUAAUGGGAUACAAGUCAGCAUCACUGACAGCAUGUUCUGUGCUAAACAAGACCACACGGCCUUUUCUAAUAUCUGCCCUGCUGAGACUGGUGGGAUCGCAGCCAUAACUUUGCCAGGAAAAGCAUCUCCUGAGCUGAGGUGGCACCUGAUGGGAUUAGUGAGCUGGGGUUAUGAUAAAACUUGCAACCUAGAACUCUACAGUGGCUUCACCAAAGCUCUUCCCUUCAAAGACUGGAUUGAGAAGAACCUGAAAUAAAAAGCUGUGUCUGGAAACGGCAUUUUAAAACUAUCAUAGUAUCUCUCAGUCUCUGCUGCUUUAGGCUUCUCAUCCCAGUGAUGAGCCACGUCUUGGAUGAGGUUAAGGCAGACAGCCUGGUAAUUUGUCCUAGGAGCAGAUGUUCCAUCAGGCUACUUUUACUUAACCCAUGACAGAGGGUCUUAGUGCAUGAGAAGUCUUGCCGUAUUUCGCCUGUCUCCCCCCGGUAGGUGGACGAUG